AUGGCUGACUCUACUCUUCCGGUCAAUGGUAUUGCUUCAACAGGAGUCCUCACAAAUGGCGAAACCGCGGCGCCAGCGACGCGCAGCGCUAGCGAUCGCUUCGAACUCAUCUCCGGCCCUCUGAUCAACCUCAAGAACAUGCAUUAUCAGCCCUCCCCCGUCUGGCAAGGCAGUGUGUUGAUUGUUACAAAGCCCGGUCAAGACCAGCCCCGGCUCUACUUGCGCCAGCUCGGCCCCGUCGCCGCUGAGGGACAGCCUCCUCAAUCCCAAACAAACCAAACAGUCGAGGGUUUGAAGCUCUACGAGGAUCCCAAGAAGGCAUUCUGGCGCUUCUCCCUGGCCGUACCCGUCGAGACCUAUGAGGCGCGCUGGGAGUAUGACAUCCCCGGUCUGUACAAUGAGUCUGCGGAACCGGUCAAGGCGCCUUGGAACUUUGUGGUUCCUGCCGCCGAUCAGUCCAUGCGCAUUAUGUUCCACUCCUGCAACGGCUUCUCUGUUGGUACGGAUAUGGAUGCUUGGGUUGGCCCUAACCUGUGGAAUGAUGCCCUGCGCGUCCACGGUGAGAAGCCUUUCCAUGUGAUGGUUGGUGGCGGUGAUCAGAUCUACAACGACGGAAUUCGCGUUGAUGGGCCUCUAAAGGCCUGGACGUCUAUUGCCAACCCUCACAAGCGCCGUACCCACGAUUUCAACAACCAGAUGCGCGCCGAUUGUGAUGAUUAUUACUACGCCAACUAUGUGCGGUGGUAUAACACUGAGCCUUUCCGCACUGCCAACGGCCGCAUCCCACAGGUUAACAUUUGGGAUGACCACGAUAUCAUUGACGGCUUCGGGUCUUACACGGAUCACUUCAUGAAGUGCGCUGUCUUCCGCGGUAUUGGUGGUGUCGCGUUCAAGUACUACUGCCUCUUCCAGCAUCACAUCGCCCCUCCCAAGUCGACCUUCACCACUGAUGCGCCUGAGACCAUGCACGCAGUGAACGGAACUUCUGGCGUAGACCCACGCCAGGUCGAGAACACCUACGUCCUCGAAAAUCAGCCCGAGGACGACAGCUGGAUCAUUGGCAAGCGGCCUGGUCCGUAUGUUGAGGAGCGCAGUCGCAGUCUGUACAUGCGCUUUGGCAAGCGUAUUGGCUUCGUGGGUCUGGAUGCCCGCACUGAGCGCACCCGUCACCAGGUCAAUUACCCAGAGACAUAUGACCUGAUCUUCCAACGGCUGCAGCAGGAGAUUGAAGCUGCCAAUGGCGAACUCAAACACCUUGUCGUUCUUCUCGGAGUCCCCAUCGCCUACCCCCGUCUCGCCUGGCUUGAAAACAUCCUCACCUCGCCUAUUAUUGCUCCUAUCCGGCUUUUGAACAAGCGUUUCGGCUUGGCGGGUGGUCUUUUCAACGAAUUUGACGGACAGGUCGAUCUGCUGGACGACCUGGACGACCACUACACGGCGCGACAGCACAAGCGUGAGCGAAAGAUGCUCGUGCAGCGGCUGCAGGAAUUGGCGCGCGCCAACUCCAUCCGCGUCACCAUUCUCGGUGGUGAUGUGCAUCUUGCGGCGGUUGGCCGCUUCUACUCGCACCCGAAGUUGAACCUUGCUGGUGAGAAUGACCACCGCUUUAUCGUCAACGUUGUCAGUUCCGCCAUUACGAACAAGCCCCCUCCCAAGGCCGUUGCAAACCUCCUUGCCCGCCGCAACAAGAUCCACCAUCUUGAUCGCGAGUGCGACGAGACUCUCAUGUCGUUCUUUGACAAGCAGCCUGGCGGCGUGGAGAAGAGCGCGGUCUGGAAUAAGGUGACUAUGCCAUCGCGUAACUUUGCCACGCUGACCGAGGUUGUGGCUCCCGUUGCGAACGGCGAUGGUGUCCAGCCAGUGACCGCGAAGCUCGACCGCCUGCCAAAGGACGGCCAUGCGCCUCUCCACAAGGGCGAGGUUAACGCAGGAUCGACGCACAGUGCGGCGGAUGGGUUUAGCGCACACAGUGGCAUGUACGGCGGACUGGAUGUGGCCAUUCGAGUGGAGAUUGACCCCCACGAUCGACAGGGCACGACGGAGGGUUAUGGAUUUAGUAUUCCCCCGCUGUUGGCUACCGAAGGUCCGCCCGUCUCGUCUCGUCUAAGCAUCCGGUCGCGCAUUUCUCGCCAGAACUCGGUCCAAGACCAGCCCGGACGACCCUUGACUGCGGCAUAA